CACCACUCCUCAUCCCAACCUGCCUUUCUCCUCUCAAAGGGAUGCAAGGGAGUGACGCAGGAUAGACGGAAAAACUGCGCCGAACCUCGAACGAAAGAUUGGAUAGGGGUGAUGCAAUAAGACAAAUUCUGGAAACCCAAAUGUAAAUCACGGAACCUCCGUUCCCUAGAAAAGAGACCGAAGCACGACUUGUAUGGUCAGUGGACGUGGAUGUCAGACUCACAUGUUAUCUAUUUUACGCAGCCAGUCACUAAUGUUUUGUUGGAUACGGCUCGAAUUUGGACAAUUGGAGGUCGGCGAAGCUUAGACAUUCGUGUUAACUGUGUGUUUAUCAUCGUGACCGAUAAUCCUUUUUCGAGUCAAUUGAAGAGGUCUAAACCUUGAAGGGGAUACAGGCCAAUCCAUCUAUAGAUUUUGAAAUAAAAUAAUUUUAUGGAGAUACCUAUUUUAACGACGUAACUUGUUUUUUUGUUCUGCGACUCAGGGUUGAUACAUUCCCACUGAUCCUUCGAUUCAAAUGUCAAAAGUGUUAUAGGCUAUUGGUAGGCUAAUUCAAACAUUUGCAUCAGAAAGGAGGAUUCACCAUACACCUUUUCGUAGCCAAACAUUUUCAGCAUGAAUUACCUGCGUCGUCGGCUGUCGGACAGCAAUUUUAUGUCCAAUUUGCCCAAUGGGUACAUGACUGAUCUACAACGCCCUGACCUGCCGCAGCAAGACCCUGCAGUAGUGUCGCCUGGACCACCGGAGAGGCGUCUGUCUACCAACCAGCAGUCGGAGGGCACUGGCAGCGGAGCCGGAGCUGGAUUUUUAUCUUCCUUUACUAAAGCUGUCAAACAAACCACUGCUGCUGUUGCUGAGAAAGUCACCGAGGUAGCAGACAAAGCAGGCGUUGCCUCUGGUGCCAAGAUACUCCUGGUAAUUGAUGACCAACAAACAGACUGGGUAAAGGUCUUCAAAGGUAAAAAGGUUCAUGGUGAAUUCGACAUUAAGGUGGAACAGGCUGACUUCUCUGAAAUCAACCUAAUAGCGCAUGCUACAGGGGGCUAUAGUGUUGAUAUCGAAGCAAUCCGGAAUGGAACCAAGGUCACCAAGUGUUUCAGGCCAGACUUUGUGCUGGUUAGGCAGCAUGCCUUCAGUAUGGCCAAGAAUGGAGACCACCGACACAUAGUGAUUGGGUUACAGUAUGCUGGUCUCGCGGGUGUAAACUCUCUACACUCUGUCUACAACUUCUGUGACAAACCAUGGGUGUUUGCUAAUAUGGUGAGAUUGUACAAGCAACUUGGACCAGAGGAAUUCCCACUGAUCGAGCAGGUUUACUAUCCCAACCACAGAGAAAUGAUUACCACUCCUGGUUUCCCUGUGGUGGUGAAAAUGGGCCACGCCCACUCAGGGCUCGGGAAGGUGAAAGUGGACAAUCAAUAUGACUUCCAAGAUAUUGCCAGUGUUGUUGCCCUGACCAAGACCUAUGCCACAUCUGAACCUUUCAUCGAUGCAAAGUAUGAUGUUCGCAUCCAGAAGAUUGGAGACAAUUACAAGGCCUACAUGCGGACAUCCAUUUCAGGGAACUGGAAAACCAACACUGGUUCAGCUAUGCUGGAACAGAUAGCCAUGUCAGACAGGUACCGGAUGUGGGUGGACUCCUGCUCUGAGGUGUUUGGCGGUUUGGAUAUGUGCGCUGUGGAGGCUCUGCAUGGAAAAGAUGGCAAGGAUUACAUUAUAGAGGUGGUGGGUUGCUCCAUGCCUCUGAUUGGAGACCAGCAGGGUGAAGACCGUGCUCAAAUUGCAGACCUGGUCAUCUCCAAAAUGAACCAGACAGUCCCACGCACUGCAAGUCCCUCUCCUGUCCGUCCCACAGCGGCACAGCCUGUACAGAAAGCUACAUCCUCUCAGCCUAUCUCACAACCCAAAGUGCCACAGGCCCAGCAACGCCCUUCUCCACAAGGUGGCCCACAACAGACACCAACCGGCACUGCCACCCCUCGCCAAGGAUCCCCCUCCCUGCAGCGCCCCUCUCCCCAAGGCCAGCCCCCUUCCCCAGGCCCCAACACCCAGAACCCCCCUGCCCAGACAUCACAGAAAGAUAGACAGGCCAACCCAGGAGCUGGGGCCCAGCAGCGUCCCCCAGGUCAGGGGCAGAAACCCCCCUCUGGUCAGGGAUCCCCCCAGCGAUCCAUGAGCCAGGGGGGCACCCCUCAAAACCAGAGGCCACAGCAGUCAGGUCCCCAGCUGCAGCAGCCCCCUCUUGUGGGCAUGGGCCAGAAGUCCACAGGGGGCCAGCCCCAGCAGAGGCCCCAGCAGAAGCCAGGUCAGCCUGCCAGGCAGCAGUCCCAGGGAGGAGGCCCCCAGGGCCCCCAACAGCAGAGGGCUCCAGCCCAGCAAGGUCGCCCUGGGGCCCCCACCACUCAGCAGCCCCGCCUUAGUGCCCAGGGCCAGGGAGGCCCGGGAGGGAAACCUCCUCUGCAGCAGAAGCCCCAACCCCCACAGAAGCCCAACCAGGACCCUCCUGCUAUGGGAGCCAUCCCUCCACUGAACAAAUCCCAGUCUCUUACCAAUGCCUUCAACAUUCCAGAAACUCCAACGCCACGGGCCAGCCUUAGCCAGGAUGAGGUGAAGGCUGAGACCAUACGCAACCUACGCAAGUCUUUUGCUAGUCUCUUCUCAGACUGAGAGAUGGAGUAAGCCCCCUCCUACGCCGACAGACAGACUGAAAGGCAGUCCCUCCCUCUUCCCCACAAUGGACCAAUAGAACUAACACUUCCCUAUCAUGGAUAUUGAUGUACAUUGAUGUGAAAAUGCACAUAUAAAACAUCUACUGCCUAUACAGACAUAGGAUCUUAAUUUGACCAGUAUUGUCGUAGCAAAAUAAUCCUGCAGCAAAAGGAUUUUAACAUUAAAUCCAUAAUAUUGCUUGAUCGAUGGUUAAGCUGUGAAAAGUGCUAUACUGUUAAUAUAACCCAGGCUGUAUCACAACCGGCCGUGAUUGGGAGUCCCAUGGGGCGGCGCACAAUUGGCCCAGCGUCAUCCAAGUUUGGCCGGUGUAGGCCGUCAUUGUAAAUAAGAAUUUCUUCUUAACUGACAUGCCUAGUUAAAUAAAGGUUAAAUAAAUGUCAAAUAUUAAAAACCGUGUUAGUGUGGGUUUUCAGUGCAUUUAUGUAAAUCACAAAGCUCAUCUGCAUUUCCUGUGGUGCAGGAAAAUUCUCCACAACAAAAGAGUGAACAAAUUAAGAUCCUACAUCUGUACAUUUGAAGACCACACAUAAUAUAAUAUAGAUAGCCCACUGGACAAAAACUGGUCAAAUCAUGUUGUUUCCACUUUAUUUCAACCAGAAAAAUCUACGAGAUGACGUUGAAUCAAUGUGGAAAACUGAUUGGAUUUGCAAAAAAGUCAUCAAUGUAAGGGCAUUUUGUAUUUUUUCACCCAACUUUUAACUUAAAUCCAAUUACAUGUAUUUUUUUUGAAAACUCGACCAAAUGAAAAUCAAAACUAGAUGUGCCCAGUGGGAGGUUUGUUGCUCUCAGUCUGAAACAUUCCCCAUCACCUUCACAUUCCAAAUGAUUCCUACAAACACACACACAUACAGUACACAUUCACUUCUCUUGUUGUUGCACGUGUGUUUAAAUUUCAGAUAAAAGUAAGGGUGAAGAUUCUUACCCCAUCAAUCAUCAGUCCCUUUUUAAAUGGUGUUAUUAUAUAUUACAUUUCAGUAGGUGGCCUAUGUUGCUACAGUUUUUAUGUAUUGGGAGAUAUUUACUUGGUCACGAUUUGAUCAUUUGAAAUGGUUUUCAUGCUAGUAUACUGGAAACAAUACACUGGUAAUCGUCAUGAUAGUGUUCACAGUUUUCUGUUUCUGUCAGAUCAUAGUGACACAUUUGACCAAGUUUUGGUUGGCUCUAAAAUGAACCAUCGCUAAAUUAAACUUGUCGGCAAAGUGUAGUUCACACUACAGUAGCUCAGUUCAGUGUUACGGUGAAGCAACACCACAGCUGUUUGAGUUGCUCAUUCAUUCUAAAUUAUGAUUUUUUUUAGAUGCAUGUCAAUAAAGGAGAUAUGGUUGCAAUUUCAAUCACUCACAUCGCCGCUUGUAACCGUGUUGACACAUGUAAUUAGCUAGCGUAAUUAGCAUAACAAAAGUAUGUGUUGUUUUUGUGAGAAUGCCGUUGCUGCCUCCCUCUCCCUUCUUCUGUUAGAUUAAGACAAAAUCUCAAUAGCUCUCAAUUUGGAAAACAUGCCUUACAUAGGCACAAAGUUCAGUCAGAUAGUAUUGUCUCAGGGAUGUCCUGGUAAGUGACACACUGGUGUCAGGGGUCAGGUCUUCCAAACGUUGCACUGAAAUGAGGAUGAUGAGCACUGCAAAUAAAAGCAUGUGUGUUUAUUGAGGUAGAAUGUAUUUGUUCUUUCAAAUGUAUUUGCACAUGAAAUAUAACAAAAUCAUACUUGAAGACAUGAGUCAAGCGAUAUUUUUGAGAUUUUAAUGUCAGAUUUUAGAGACACAGACAUCUCAGUGCUCUAUUUCACCUGCCAUCACAAGGGCCUGGGAUGCUGCUGUUUCUGUGAGUGGAGAGUUUGGGUGCCUAUCCUGUCUGUCCCCUGGCUCCCAGCAGGGUCACAGCCUGUGAGCAAGGGACCUAGUCCAAGUAAAUGCUCAGCCAAGGAAUGUACCAUGGGUCAUGUAGGCAGUGUAAAAUAAAUGUACUGGUAUGUCCCCUGUGGGAUAUACAGUACCACUGCAGUAUACUUCUGUUUGAUUUUCUACAUGUAAUACUUUCUCCUCAAAACAUUAAAGACCCCUUUGAUCAUUGGUCAGAAAACAAUCCCUAGAUAUUCCAUGAGCCCAAAGCUGAAACCUUCUGUUUCUAGGGCACUGAAUAUGUCUUCCAAAAAGAGCGUGUUCCAGGCAAUCUGUUUUUUGGAGCUAAUUCGGAAAAGUCCCAAUCUCCCUGCAGAACCCCUCUGCUUCCUCUACGCAUCGACCCUUAGUGUAUCCACAGUGAACCCCUCUGCUUCCUCUCGCAUUGACCCUUAGUGUAUCCACAGUGAACCCUUCUGCUUCCUCUACGCAUCGACCCUUAGUGUAUCCACAGUGAACCCCUCUGCUUCCUCUACGCAUUGACCCUUAGUGUAUCCACAGUGAACCCUUCUGCUUCCUCUACGCAUCGACCCUUAGUGUAUCCACAGUGAACCCCUCUGCUUCCUCUACGCAUUGACCCUUAGUGUAUCCACAGUGAACCCUUCUGCUUCCUCUACGCAUCGACCCUCAGUGUAUCCACAGUGAACCCUUGUGAUAAGUGGUGCAUAAACGUGUAAAUGUUGUUUUGUAAAACCAAAUAGAAUUGUUGUACAGAUCGUGACCUAUGAAUGAUGCAGAUUUGUCACGUUUGUCACGCUGUGCUUGUUGAUAUUUUGUGCAAUGAAUUCUUGUGGAUUUUGGUUUGGGAUUUUUGGCAUUUAUAUAAUUUGUAAGCCCUUUUUCAGUACUGGCAUUCACUAUCAUGAAUUAUGCAUUAUUUCUACUUUUUGACAAAUCUUUUUUUAUCUUAGUUUCUCUUGUAUUCAGGAUUACAUGUCUACAUUUGAAAAUGUAUAUUACACAUCUUAUCAUGGGACUCAAUGGAAAUCAUAACUCAUAAACAGAAUUGUCAGGGUAUACCAUUGAAUGAAUGGAUCAGAGAAGCCUCAAAUGAUACCUGCUACAAAAAAGUGACUUGUCUGGAUGAACACGUGAUUGGUAUACAUUUGUAUUGUUUUACUCGGCUCUCUGCUACUGCCUGUAACAGAGAACAUCCAUCAGAGAACAUCUUAGCUGUGUUUGGAGUUAAAAUCCUCCGGUGGAUUAUACAUUGGGGUGUCAUCAUAAUUGAAUCAAUCUAUAUGAAUCCUGUUUGUUGCUAUUCAUAGACAUGGGUUGAAAUGUUUAUUUCGUUUACAUUCUUUUGAUGGAUAGAUUUGAAUGUAUGUUUACAAUUUGUAUGCUUUUUUUCUUUGCUUAAAUAUUAAGUAGUUUUCCUAAAUGCAGAUGUAAUUAUUUUUUAUUUUGUUAUCUGCACUAUGAAUUUCUGUGAAAUUGAUGGUCAAUAUUGAUGCCUGCCAGAUGUAUAAAACAAGAAACCUAUAUGUAUCUAAAAUAGACAAAAAUUAUAAAUAUUACAUAUAUUGUAAAUCAUUGUGGAGUAUUCAAAUAAAUGUAGAAAAGUAUAUGUGAUGUUAUUUGCAAUGUACCUUCAUAAUUAUGCUAUCAACAUGUGCACAUAUUCAAUAAAGUUCAAGACCAUUA